AUGCAUAUCAUGAACCGCAACGUUUCAGACCCCGAGAACAUGGCGCCGGCGACUUCGGAAUCCAUCUCUCACCCCUACUGCGAUGGGGGUGUUGCGUCCUGCCACGCACAAUUCCCUCCCCUGAACGCAACGGACGGCAUGGCCUUCGACGAGAACAACGUCAUGCUUGUCGACCCGACCCUCGAAACGUCCAACGUCGCUCCGGACCUUCCGUGGAAGCAGUGGUGGUCGAUAGAUCAAUCCGCGCCUGUCGGUUCCGCUCCAAACGGAGAGGAAAUGACGCCUAGCUACAUACAGACCAGUGUCCUCCAGGGCGGCCACGCAUGUGGUUAUGAUACCAACUCUCUUGGCUACUCGACCUGGCCGAGCCCUGCCACUGAAUACACGGCCAUAUCCUCCGUCACUGAUCAGGUAGUAUUCAAAGAAUCUCCUGAUGGGGGCUGGACCCAACUUUCGCCCACUCGAUCACGCACACUCAGCCUGGGCGAAAGUCCAUCUGCCCAAUACACGAACUGGCCUUCUACUCAAAUCGUCGAACCAAAGAUAGAGUCGCCACGAGAAUCGGAGCUUCCGACAAUUCACCCCGGCAACAGUGGCGGCGGGGGCGGCAGCAGCAGCAAGGAUGACAGCAAACGCGACAAGACCAACAAGCGCGACAAGAAAGGCAAAGGCAAGCAACCGAAGAGUAAGAAGAGCAACAAAAACAAGAACACCAGCAACGCCGGCAAUACGACAACCAACGGAGAGGGUUCUGGUGAGUCGGCUCCGGGACUCGCAGGAUCUGCGGCAGACGCCCUCGAGCGCGAAAAACGACUCCAGGAUCGAAACCGAAUCGCGUCCAACAAGUUCCGAAUCAAGAAGAAGCAAGACGCUCUGAGGCUCAAAUCGAACGAAGAAGGCCUGAAGGAGAGACACCGCGACUUGACCAGUUGUGUUGCCGGCCUGAAUCAGGAGGUCUACCUGCUCCAGACACAGCUUCUGCAACACAACAACUGCGGCUGCGCGAUGAUCCAAAGCUUCCUUGCCAACCGAGCCCACCUCUUCGUCCACGGCACCGAGGAGGGGGCAGCUAGACUUGAAGCCCACCCUGAUCAACAAACUUGA